AAGCUCAUCCCAACUUGUUGCACUUGCUUUACUCCACCUCCUAGUGCUGUUAAGCUUGAUAGCACUAUGAUGUCCAAGGUAGAGCAACUCACUCACCGAUUAGAAGGUAUCGAAACCCGAAAAAGGAGACUGGAUUUGAUAAGGAAUGUUGGAACAGUUCUUGAUCGCAAUAUGAUGUCCAACACACUACCAAAAAGACCGGAAACGUUUUCUUCCGUAGACAAAUCUCACGUUUAUGGCAGAGAAAAUGACAAAGAAGCUAUACUUGAAUUGUUGUUGAGGGAUGAAGACGGUGUUAACAAAGUAUCUGUCAUUCCCAUUGUGGGCAUGGGAGGUAUUGGCAAGACAACUCUCGCUAAGCUGGUCUACAAUGAUGAAAGUCUAGAGGGUCAUUUUCAUCUCAAGGCGUGGGUCUGCGUUUCUGAUGACUAUGAUGUUGUUAGAGUGACAAAGGCCAUUCUUGAGGCAGUCACUUCAGAAACUCCUAAGUUGGAGACUCUGAAUAUGCUUCAACAAAAACUAAUGGAGAAGUUGUCCAACAAAAGAUAUCUUCUUGUUUUGGAUGAUGUUUGGAACGAGAACUAUGAAGAUUGGAACGUCCUACGUGCUCCCUUUAUGGCUGGGGCACCUGGGAGCAAAAUUAUUGUCACAACUCGCCUUGGAACCGUUGUAUCAACCAUGAGUUUGUCUCCAAGUUAUAGUCUAAAAUUGCUGUCCAAAGAUGAAUGUCUAUCCUUAUUUACUCAUCAUGCACUUGAGAAACAAAACUUUGAUGCACAUCCAAAUCUGAAAGGAAUUGGCGAGGAAAUAGUGAGUAAAUGUAAAGGGUUGCCUUUGGCAGUCCUAACACUUGCUGGCCUCUUGCGCACUAAGGAACUCCAGAGUGAGUGGGAGAAUAUAUUGAAUAGCAGAAUAUGGGAUUUACCUGAACAGAGUGGUAUUCUUCCAGCUCUUAAAUUGAGCUAUCACCAUCUCCCAUCUCAUUUGAAGCGAUGCUUUGCUUACUGCGCGAUAUUUCCAAAGGACUACGAGUUUGACAAAGACGAGCUAGUUUUGUUGUGGAUGGGGGCAGGUCUUUUGCCGCGUUCAACAGAAAAGAAUCAGAUGGAAGAUUUUGGCAAACAAUAUUUUGAUGAUUUGCUAUCAAGGUCGCUUUUUCAACAGUCAAGUGCAAGUAAAUCACCGUUUGUGAUGCAUGACCUUCUUAAUGAUCUAGCUCUACAUGUUGCCGGGAAUAUAUUCUUUAGGCUGGAUAAGUUUGAGGGUGAUAAGAAAUUUAAAAUUCCUAAACGAGCUCGACAUUUGUCAUAUAUUCGUCAAAAAUUUGAAGUCCUCCACAAGUUCAGGCCUCUAUGUGAAGUUCAGCAUUUGCGAACUCUGUUAGCAUUACCAAUUCAGGCACAUGCUUGGGAUAAUUAUUACUUGGCAAACAAGGUUGUGUUUGAUUUAUUGCCAAAGUUACGAUGUUUAAGGGUGCUUUCUUUGUCUUGUUAUUACAUAACUGAGCUACCGGACUCAAUUGGUGAUUUGAAACAUCUGAGGUAUCUUAAUUUAUCUCACACUUCAAUCAAACAGUUGCCUGAAUCGGUGAGUAAUCUCUACAAUUUAGAAACACUGUUGCUGCGUGGUUGCAAAAAACUUUCAAUGUUGCCCCCAAACAUUAGAAAUUUAAUUAAUUUGCGCCAUCUUGACAUCGCUGAUACUGUGCAAUUGCGAGAGAUGUCCCCAGAGAUCGGUAGACUGACGAAUUUGCAAACACUGUCAAAGUUCAUUGUGGGCAAACAGAAUAUGCCAGGACUAAAAGAGUUGAUGAAUAUAAGAAUUCUAUAGAAUAGCUCUUGUAUGCUUAUUUGUAAUAAUGUUGAUGUGAAUAGGACUUUGAGAAAUAUAAUUUCAUCUACAGUGUUUCAGAAUUUCUAUU